CUGUAACUGCAUUAUUUGCCAUAAUGUCGGGACGCGGCAAGCAAGGAGGCAAGGCCCGCGCCAAGGCCAAGUCGCGCUCUUCCCGCGCCGGCCUGCAGUUCCCGGUGGGGCGAGUGCACCGCCUGCUGCGCAAGGGCAACUACGCCGAGCGAGUGGGGGCCGGCGCGCCGGUGUACCUGGCGGCGGUGCUGGAGUACCUGACGGCCGAGAUCCUGGAGCUGGCGGGCAACGCGGCCCGAGACAACAAGAAGACGCGCAUCAUCCCUCGCCAUUUGCAACUAGCCGUGAGAAAUGACGAAGAGCUCAACAAGUUACUCGGGGGUGUCACCAUUGCUCAGGGCGGAGUCUUGCCCAAUAUCCAGGCUGUGUUGCUGCCCAAGAAAACGGAGAGUCACAAGCCUGGCAAGAACAAGUAAUUAAGAGUCAUCCCC